AUGGCUACUUCAAGAAUAUUUGUCAAUGGCCUGCCGACCAGCCUCACGGAGGCUGAGUUCCGGAAGCACUUCUCUGCGGGAAACCGCGAAGUCACAGACGUCAAGCUCAUGGCACAACGCCGCAUCGGCUAUGUAGGCUACAAGUCGCCAGAAGACGCCGCAAAGGCCGUCAAGUACUUCAACAAGACCUACGUUCGCAUGUCCAAGAUUACCGUCGAACCGGCAAGAGCAAUCUCAGAUUCUACCUGGACCAAGGCCAACGUCGCCACCCGAGCCGUCGCUACGGAGGAGGGCAGCAGGGCCUUGCCGUCGACUGCCACGUCUGAAAAGGGUGGCACGAAGAAGAGGAAGCGUGAGGACCUGGACCCGUCAGAUCCCAAGCUGCAAGAGUAUCUCCAGGUCAUGGGGAAAGGAAGGGAGAGCCUUGUCGCCGAUGAGACAGCUGUCGAAUCAAGAGGACCUAUAGCGCCGCAGGGCAGUGCGCUUGUGCCCGAGGGGGAGAGCGAUGACGAAUACGUCGAAGUUCCCUCAAGGAAGGAGAAGCUCCGGAAAGUCGAUCAUGCGACGGGAGAGACUGGUGUGGCUCAAGUGACACCGGCGAAGGAGUCAACAUCUCGUAAAGAGGCUGUGGGCGCCCCGGCCGGUGGCGUGGCUGGGGCGUUGCCCGGGUCUACGGCUCCAGAGUCUGCGCCAGCGAACCAAGCAGCUGAUGUGGCAAUGGCUGCGACAGAUGACGACUGGCUGCGUUCGCGAACCAGCAGACUUCUGGACCUGGUUGACCCGGACGACAUCUCGCAUGCCGCACCCAUUGAAAAGGCUGAGGGUGACAGCUCGGCUGGCCAAGAGGUCGGAAAUGACAAAGAGGCUCCGCAUUCCGAAGAGGACGGAACUCGCGAUGGUCAAGACCCUCUCCCACCGCAAGGGCAGGACAAAGACUCAGCUGCUGAAGCUAUUGCGAAGACUUCUCGGCUGUUUGUACGAAAUCUCCCUUACUCCGCCACUGAGGAUGACCUAAGGGAGGAGUUUGAAAAGUUUGGAGGUGUAGACGAAGUACACUUGCCAAUCAAUGCGCAAGGAACAAGCAAAGGAUUUGCGAUGAUGCUGUUUACAAAGGCAUCCGACGCGGUUGCUGCAUUCCAAGCGUUGGAUGGGUCAACGUUCCAGGGGCGUAUCAUCCACAUCAUUCCAGCGGACGCAAAAAGGGAGCAUGGCGUGGACGAUUUCUCCAUGUCUAGUCUCCCGUUGAAGAAACAAAACUUGAUUCGCAAAAAGAAAGAGGCGGCAUCCACCACUUUCAACUGGAACUCGCUCUACAUGAGCCAAGACGCCGUCAACAGCUCCGUGGCGGCUCGACUUGGUGUCUCAAAAUCCGACGUACUGGAUCCAACAUCGGCCGACGCAGCAGUCAAGCAAGCUAUUGCGGAGACGAGCGUGAUCCAAGAGACUAAGGCCUAUUUUGCCGCCAAUGCGGUGGACUUGGAUGCGUUCAAGUCUCAUAAGCGGGGCGAUCUGGCGAUACUGGUCAAGAACUUCCCGUAUGGAACAACCAUGGAAGAGCUCCGCAAAAUGUUUGAGGAGUUUGGUCCAGUUCUCAGAGUUCUGAUGCCGCCGACUGGCACAAUUGCUAUUGUGCAAUUCGCACAGGCCAACCAUGCAAAGACGGCAUUUGGCAAGUUGGCGUAUCGACGGAUAAAGGACAGCGUCCUUUUUCUGGAGAAAGCACCGAAAGAUCUGUUCACUAGCGAGGCACCAGCGGUACCAGUAGCCAAGGCCAACAGCCAGCCAACCGGAACGACCAAACUGAGUGUUAGUGACCUGUUGACGGGCGGCGAUCAGGCAGAAGAGGAAGAAGUGGAGACAACGUCGCUGUUUAUCCGCAAUUUAAACUUUGCCACAACCACGAGCAGACUAGCUGAGGUUUUCAAGGCUCUGGAUGGAUUUGUGUCGGCCAGAGUCAAGACCAAGACCGACCCGAAGAAGCCGGGCCAAGUGCUCAGCAUGGGUUUCGGGUUUGCUGAAUUUCGCACGAAAGCGCAGGCGGUAGCUGCUCUCAAGGUCAUGGACGGGUAUGUUCUGGACGACCAUGCGCUCGGCGUAAAGGCGUCGCACAAGGGCAACGACGCAGCCGAGGAGAGGCGCAAACAGGACAAGGCCAAGAAGGUGGCGGCUACACGAACCAAGAUUGUCAUCAAGAACUUGCCUUUCCAGGUAUCCAAACAGGACAUCCGGACGCUAUUCGGAACCUAUGGGCAGCUCCGAUCCGUGCGCGUUCCAAAGAAGGCUGACUAUACGUCGAGGGGCUUUGCCUUUGCCGACUUUGUGACACCCCGCGAAGCCGAAAACGCACUCAACGCUCUGCGGGACACGCAUCUGCUCGGGCGCCGGCUGGUGCUGGACUUUGCGGAGGCGGAGGCGUUGGAUGCAGAGGAGGAGAUUGAGAAGAUGCAGCGCAAGGUGGGAGGACAGGCGAACAAGGUAGCACUUCAGCAACUUACAGGAGGGGGACGCAAAAAGGUGAACAUUGGCAAUGAAGGGGAGGAAAUGGACUAG